GAUGUGGUUUUAAAUGUAGUUUAUAUACUCUUUCUUAUGUUUGAUUUUGAAGGUAUAUUUUGUUUACCGAUAAUAAGAGAUUAAUUGAUAUUUGCAAAAAGAAUGAACAGAAAAUGCCAAAAAAAUGUAAUACGGCGUCGUUUGAAACCCCCAUGGCCAUGGGCGGAAAUAUCGUAAAUCCACUCACUAUCCGCCAUUUUCAUAUCUCCGUUCCUUUUGUAUUUUUUCUCGAAGCUUCGUCAGUUCAUCUUUUUGGUACAUAACUACAACACCAGCUCUCUCCGAUUCUCAAUUUCAGCCAUGGAAGACGAUUUCGACUUCGGCGACAAGGUCCCGCCGGCCGUUAACCGCAUGAGAAAUGUGAUUAGAGAUGGAGAAGCAAGAGGAUUCAACCCAGGACUGAUUGUGCUGCUUGUAGUUGGUGGGUUGCUAUUUGCAUUUCUUGUUGGGAAUUAUGCUCUCUACAUGUAUGCCCAGAAAACACUCCCACCAAAAAAGAAGAAACCAGUUUCCAAAAAGAAGAUGAAGAGGGAGAGAUUGAAGCAAGGUGUCUCUGCUCCCGGAGAGUAGAAGUGUAGUGGUAGACUUUUCUCUUAUGUUUUGUAUGCCUGUUCCUGAUUUGGUUGAACUAACAAGUUCUACCAAAUGAAUGUCAAUGUUUGAAGAGUUGUUUUCCUUACGUUGUUAAGUUGGUUAGAAUCUGAACAUAUAAGUUGAGGUUUAUUGUCGCUUGUAUCCUUAGAGAUGAGAAAUAAUAAGAAUAUAGUUUAUGUAGUA